AUGGCCGAAACACAAAACCUAUCAGACCGAGACGAAUCCUUUGACUCAUCAGAUUCAGACAACGAAGAUGUGCAGGUACAAGUACAAGAUCCAAUUUUGACAGCAAGAAAUGCUGGUGCAAGUCUUAGUGUUCCAGCAAAAGCUAACAUUGCACGUAAGAGAAAACUUCCUACCAACCAAGGAAAGUACAAUCAAAGGGGGAAUAAAACUAUUGCCAAUACAACUGCCUGGGAUCGUUUGAAGGAUUUCCCCAACCAUCAUUUUACUGUAAUCGACCGGAAAUUGCGGUGUAACGCUUGUAAUGAAGAGCUCUCUUUGAAGAAAAGUUCAAUCAAAAAACAUAUUGAGUCAAAAAAGCACAAGAAGGGAUUGUCUGAUAUUGCAAAGAGCAAAUCACAAAACCAGACAAUAAUGGCAUGUCUGCAAAAGAGAGAUAAGAGAGAAAGUACACCUGGCUCAACCUUGCCUGCGGAAAUGCGAUUGUUUCGUUUUGGAGUUGUUGAAUCUUGUCUCAAUGGUGGUAUACCAAUAGGGAAAAUCGAUGCCCUUCGACCGUUACUAGAGAAGCAUGGCCAUCGGUUAACCAGCAGCGGCCAUUUGGGCGAGCUUAUUCCAGCAGUACUAGAAAAAGAGAAGGACAAGCUGCAGGAAGAACUCAAAGAUGUGAAAGAGGCUUGUGUAAUUUUCGAUGGUACAGCCAGAUUGGGUGAAGCUCUGGUUAUCAUAAUCCGCUUUGUCCAGGAAAACUUUAUACCUACUCAGCUGCUCAUACGCCUGGAAAUUCUUGCAAAGUCACUGAAAGGAGAAGAAUUGGCUCAGCGACUAAUGUCUUGCCUGGCUGUGGAUUAUAAGCUUGGUCCGAGUACAGUCAUUGGAGCUGUAAGAGAUGGCGCAUCUGUUAAUGGAGCUGCCUUGAGACAGCUGAUGUUUUUUUAUCAAAAACUCUUUGAUGUUGUGUGCUUCUCCCACACUAUUGACAAUGUCGGCAGCCAUUUUCAGUUUCAAAUCCUGGACCUAUUCUCGCACUAUUGGAUAGGCAUGUUUUCCCAUAGCUUCAAUGCAUGCCUUAUUUGGAGAGAGAGAACGGGCAAGUCCAUUCGCAAGUUCAGCGACACACGUUGGUGGAGCAAAUGGGAAGUGCUUAACCAAGUGGUCGACUAUUUUGGUUAUGUUGAGCCAUUUCUUCGCGAGAAUGAGGAAAUCUGUCCUGCUAAUCGCCAACAUCUGCUGGAGAUAUUUGACGAUCCCCAAAGCUUGCAAGAGUUACGCAUGGAGCUGGCUGCACUCGUUGAUGCAGGGGUUCAUUUUAUUAAAGCAACCUACUACUUGGAAGGAGAUGGGCCACUCAUUUUCACCUGCUAUGAGAAGCUUUCGGCUGUUUCCCGGGCUGUAGCUGUCGACAAUUACCCUAACACCUUGGCUGUUGCUCGUGAAAGUGCUGGUGGCAAUGCUGCGCUAUGUAACCAGUUAAUUGCACGGGCGAAAGCUUGUAUCCAGCCAGGCCUCCAAUUUUAUCAGCCGAAGUUCAGUGGCCAAUUUUAUGGAACUGUGCGAGCAUUCAAAGCUGCACGUCUUUGCUGCCCUGUACAAGUGCAAAGCCUGAAUCCGACAGCUGCAUCACUCGAAGAGUUCAGAAGUUUUCCCUUCAUCGAUGACGACACCACAAUAGCAAAUCUGGCACAAGAGCUUCCUUUGUAUCUUGCUGCAGCUGAUGGGGUCACAGUCACUUGUGAGAAUGACAAGUUGACAUGGUGGGCAGCUCACAAAGAUGUCCUCCCGCACUGGUCUUCGCUAGUCGAAACACUGCUGUUGAUCCAGCCAAGUUCAGCAUCUGCAGAAAGGGCUUUCAGUCUCCUGUCCAAUGCAUUUUCCUCGCAGCAAGAUAGUGCCCUUGAAGAUUACCUCGAAGCUUCUGUUAUGCUUCAAUACAAUAAUACAAAGAGGUCGUGACUGUGUAA